UAGAACAUUACUUUCUGACAUUGCUACGGGAUCGCAUGAACCGUGUCCUAUCAUUGUCGCAACCCCACAAUCAUCGGCACGCAUUUAAUGCGCGGAGUUUGCGGACUUACCGUUAACAUCGCGCGAACUGUGCAGUGACCCGAUGGUCUGCACCGGCGCUAGUCUUGUAAAGCUUGUGAUCUGAGAGCUACCUUCUUGUUCAGUAAAUGCAAUGGCAGGAUCAGGUUGCCUCGCAGUGAGAUGGGUAAGAAGCUUAAAAGCUCGCAGUGCCAGAUUUGCAAAGACCUCGUCCUGCAACUAAGAGUUCACACUCGAUUGCUUCCCUGUCAAUAUGUCUUCCACACUCAAGGCCCCAAAGUCACUGCUCGACCGUCACCGCAUCCUAUCUCCGACCGCCGGUGUUCGCGUCUCCCCGCUAUGUCUUGGUGCGAUGAACUUUGGUAAUGCGUGGAAGGAAACACUCGGCGAGUGCACGAAGGAGACAGCGUUCGAAAUGUUGGACUAUUUCUACGAGCAAGGGGGCAACUUCAUUGACACGGCGGUCAACUACCAGCUUGGAGAGAGCGAGCAGUGGUUAGGCGAGUGGAUGGAGGAUCGAGGCCGACGAGACGAGAUGGUCAUCGCAACCAAGUUCACCGGCGUCCAGAGUGUUGCAGAGCAGAGGCAGAAGGAGGGCAAGUUCGCCCAACACGGCGUUAUCAAAGACAACUACAGUGGAAACAGCGCGAAGAACAUCCACACUUCCAUCGAGCGCUCGCUCAAGAGCUUGCGUACCACGUACCUUGACAUCUACUACGUCCACUUCUGGGACCACACCACGUCCAUCCCCGAGCUCAUGCACACCCUCAACGACCUCUGCACCGCGCGCAAAGUCCUCUACCUCGGCGUCAGCGACACCCCAGCCUGGAUCGUCGUCAAAGCCAACGCCUACGCGCGCCAGCACGGCCUGCGCCCGUUCAGCAUCUACCAGGGCCGCUGGUCCGCCGCGUGCCGCGACUUCGAGCGCGACAUCAUCCCCAUGUGCCUGAGCGAGGGCAUGGCGCUCGCGCCCUGGGGCGCGCUAGGCGGCGGCCGGUUCAAGACGCGCGCGCAGCGGGCGGUCAGCGAGGGCCGAACGCACUUCGUGAAGAUUGCUUUCACGGGGAAGGAAGAGCAGGUGUCGCUCGUGCUGGAGGAGAUUGCGGAGAAGCGGGACACGCUGGUGACCAGUGUGGCGCUGGCGUAUGUCAUGCACAAGUCUCCGUAUGUGUACCCCAUUGUGGGAGGCAGGAAGGUGGAGCACCUCAAGGGCAAUAUCGAAGCGCUCGGCCUGCGGCUCGAUGCCGAAGAGCUCGAGAAGAUUGAUAAUGCGUAUGGCUUUGAGAUAGGUUUCCCGCAUGACUUCUUCGCUGCGGAGAACAAAAUGGCGCAGGGCCCUGAAGACGGGUGGUUUAUUAACAGCGUGUCGCACUUGGAUAUUGUGCCGGGACCCAGGCCAGUAUUUGCACCGCAGGAGGGCGCGUAGGAGGAACACUCCGAGGAUACGGAGGUCGAAAAGGGGAGGCUUGGGCAACAAGGGGUUUCGACUGAUCAAAGGCUGUAAUGUGUUGAUUGCGGUACCUAGGUUUUCGAGUUGCAUCCAACUUCACCUCAUCACAGGG